AUGCUCACCUACUCUCCACCGCCCGCAGUGAUUUGCGCUGAGAAUAUCGCCCUACUCUAUCUCCUCCAUUCGGUCCCAGUCCCACCUUCCUGCAAUGAGAUCAAGAAGCCUCCAUCUCGCCAAGGGGGCUAUUCAUCGUCAUUUGUCCAGGAGCGAGACUUAGCUAGCACAUUAGCCUUCCUCUCUUAUACCGAAGAUGACCCCAACCAUAUACCAGCCCUCUGCGUUGAGGAGAACCCUAAGUUGAUGUCGCUAGAUGUUGUAGUGGCUGUGAACAAGAAAAAUGAGGCAGAUGGUAACGAGGCCCUCCAAAAUAUAGAGCAGAAUCUCGAGAAGAUCUUCACAAUUCUGUCGGAGAUCUCACAAGAGAGAGACAACAACCGAGCUAUAGAACACCAAAUCUUCAAUGCAAUCAUUUCCAUAUAUUCCCAUCGCGUUCUAAGUCGUCUAAGAUUCAUGGCUAAAACACGGGGUACUCCUAGACAGCCCCUCAGGGUUGUUUUAGGCGAAGCUAUCAAUUCCCUCAAGCAAGUCAAUCAUCAAACUCUGAGCAGCCUACCCUUUAGCUUAUUCAUAGAAAGAGCCAAAGAUGUCAUUAGACUAGCUGACGCAUGGGCUAAGCAUCAGAAGUCGGCGGAGUUAGGAAAUCUGGUGGAAGGCAUCUACCAGUUGAAGCAGACUGGAGAUGUUCAAGCCCUGCUAGGCUCGAUACCAAAUCGUGCAAUGGGCCCAAGUUCAAGGCAAAACCUGUUCAACAUUAUUAAGAAAGUGUCGAGAUAUCGAGAAGCUGCACGAUUUUUGUAUCGUACAGCCAAAAAGAUUCCCUUGCUGCGGCGAGCGAAAGUGGUUAUCGCCAGUCUGCCCAAAGAGGCUUUCGAUCGAAUUUCGGACGAAAACUAUACUCCACAGCUCACGUCGACGAUCUCAAGAAUGAACACGAAUUGCCAAGGGCCAGUCGUCCGCCACCUCUGUCGUCUCCUGAACACGAGUGGUCCACAGCUGAAUGAUCAGUUUGCUGAUCAAACAAGGAAAACGAUGCGGGAGGCCAAGAUACAUGCAGAAAUUCAGCUUGUCUUCCAUUAUGAGCUGAACUUUUCGAGGUUACCGCCACGUGUCGUUUGUUCCAGCAAGGAUGCAUGCUUUCUGUGUAAUGCUUUCAUUCUGAUGCAUGGGAAAAUGCACACACCUCGAUACCAUGGGCGAUUGUAUCCUGGAUGGAGAUUGCCACUGAUGUCUGAUCUUAACGAUUUGGAUAUACGACUCAAUUCGGCAUUAGAAGAUCAGAUUAAAGAUAGCCUAAAGACACUGCUAUCAAGACAGAAGAAGACCAUGGUUUGUCACAGGCCAGUAGCGUUGUCGCGAGCGAAACGCAAUUUCACACUGCAGAUGAGCUUGAGAUUCACAUCGAGUACAUCGCAGAAAUGA